GGGCUGGUGGGCAGGUAGCUCCUCCCAUCAGUAUGUGUGAAGUCAUCCAUUCCAACCAGUGUCCAACAGAGCGGCCCUAACGCGUCCUCUGUGUCCUGCAAGUUUAGGUGUCACCAUGAUCCGAUCCGGGACCUCGUCUCUGUUCUCCACCUAUCGGCUGCUUUUCCUGUCGGCCAUCGUCUCAACUGAACUUCCGCUCCCUGCGUCCGGAGGCUCUGUUCUGGCCUUCGCGUCCAACGACUCGCGGAGCAACCACAGCCGGUGCGGAGAGGGCAGCGUCUGCGUUGAAGGCGUCAUCCUGCCGCUGUGGAGGCCGGAGAACCCGGCCUUGACCGACCGCAUCGCCAGGGCCACUGUCUACUUUGUGGGGUUGGCCUACAUGUUCCUGGGUGUCUCCAUCAUCGCCGACCACUUCAUGGCGUCCAUCGAGGUCAUCACCUCCCAGGAGAGACAGAUCACCAUCAAGAAACCCAACGGGGAGAAGGUCACCACGACGGUGCGCGUCUGGAACGAGACGGUGUCCAACCUGACCCUGAUGGCGCUGGGUUCCUCCGCCCCAGAGAUCCUCCUGUCAGUCGUGGAGGUUUGUGGUCACAACUUCAACGCCGGCGAGCUGGGCCCCAACACCAUCGUAGGAAGUGCCGCCUUCAACAUGUUCGUCAUCCUCGGCCUUUGUGUGUCCGUCAUCCCUGAAGGAGAGACCAGAAAGGUGAAGCACCUCAGGGUGUUCUUCGUCACCGCCACCUGGAGCAUCUUCGCAUACAUCUGGCUUUACCUGAUCCUGGCCGUGUUCUCCCCGGGUGUUGUCGAGAUAUGGGAGGGUCUGGUCACCCUCUUCUUCUUCCCCAUUUGUGUUGGAUUCGCUUACGUAGCCGACCGCAGACUCCUUUUCUACAAAUACAUGCACAAACGAUACCGAGUAGGGAAGCAGAAAGGAGUGAUCAUCGGAACCGAGGGAGAACCACAGCUCCCCUCAAAGGUCGACAUCGAAAUGGAUGGGAGGAUGCUCGACUCCGACGGAGAGGACGCGGGGUUUGACUUCAAGGAGCUGGACGAGGAGGAGGCCCGCAGAGAGGUGGCCCGGAUCCUGAAGGAGCUGAAACAGAAGCAUCCAGAGAAGGACAUGGAGCAGCUGCUGGAGCUCGCCAAUUACCAAGUUCUAACCCAGCAGCAGAAGAGUCGAGCUUUCUACCGCUGCCAGGCCACCAGGAUCAUGACGGGAGCGGGAAACAUCCUGAAGAAGCACGCCGCCGCCAAGAGAGCCACGCACCACGCGAUCUGCUCCCAGGUUUCGGUGAACGACUUUUCCUCCAAGGUGUUCUUCGACCCGGUUACCUACCAGUGUCUGGAGAACAGCGGCGCCGUAGCGCUGAACGUGGUGCGGCGCGGUGGAGACCUCACGAGCACCGUCUCAGUGGACUACCGGACUGAAGACGGCACCGCAAACGCCGGCUCAGAUUACCAGUUCACUGAAGGAAGUGUGGUGUUUGGACCAGGCGAGACCGAAAAGGAACUCCGCAUCGAUAUCAUUGACGACGACAUCUUUGAGGAAGAUGAGCAUUUCCUGGUCCACCUCAGCAACGUGAAGGUCCUGUCGGCCGGCUCGGACCAGGAGAACCACAAGGACGCCCUCGCGGGGUUGGGUCUGCUGUGCUCGGCCACCGUCACCAUCUUUGAUGACGACCACGCGGGAAUCUUUACGUUCAAAGAGCCGGCGGUGACCGUGAGCGAGAGCGUCGGGGUGAUGGAGGUGAAGGUGAUCCGGACCUCGGGAGCUCGCGGCGUCGUGGUGCUGCCAUACAAAACCAAGGAGGGGACGGCUAAAGGGGGCGGCGAGGACUUCGAGGACACGCACGGAGUCCUGGAGUUCGAGAACGAUGAGUUUGUGAAGUCCAUAACAGUUAGAGUAAUUGACCAUGACGAGUACGAUAAGCAGGCCAGCUUCUACAUAGAGCUGCAGGAGCCAUGCUGGAACCCGAGGAGAUGGACAGGUGUGAGGAGUCACCUGUGACCUCUGACCUCUGUCCUUCAGCUCUUUGAGGAGCUCUUGUUCUGCUUGUGUUCGCUUUGCUCCUCCUGCUGCUGCUGUCGCUCCUCCUCCUCCUCCUCCUCCUCCUCCUCCAUGUGGUCUUUAUCCUCGUCACCUGACUCAUCACCUCGUCCACUAGAGGUCGUUGUUGUCUCCUCCGUAGUUGUGAUGGGACAAUGAGGAUCUCUGAACUGACCAGCAGGUGUAGCAGAACCCCUCCAGCUCAUAUCUAGAGGCUGAGAACAGACCUGGUUUGGAUUAACCAGGUGUUGAGUCCAGGUUAGACUGGGCUGCAUAGACCAUGUUGGGACUGGUUAGGACUGUGUAUGACUGGUUAAGACUGGUUAGGACUGGAUAGGACUUGUUAGGGCUGGAUAGGACUGGAUAGGACUGGAUAGGACUGGAUAUGACUGGAUAUGACUGGUUAGGACUGUGUAGGACUGGUUAGGACUGGUUAGAACUGGAUAGGACUGAUUAGGGUUGGAUAGGACUGGAUAAGACUGGUUAGGGCUGGAUAGGACUGGUUAGGGCUGGCUAUGACUGGAUAGGACUGGAUAGUACUGGAUAGGACUGGUUAGGGCUGGCUAUGACUGGAUAGGACUGGAUAGUACUGGAUAGGACUGGUUAGGGCUGGCUAUGACUGAUUAGGGUUGGAUAGGACUGGUUAAGACUGGAUAGUACUGGAUAGGACUGGUUAGGGCUGGCUAUGACUGGAUAGGACUGGAUAGGACUGGAUAGUACUGAAUAGGACUGGUUAGGGCUGGCUAUGACUGGAUAGGACUAGUUAGGGCUGGAUAGUACUGGAUAGGACUGGUUAGGGCUGGCUAUGACUGGAUAGGACUGGAUAGUACUGGAUAGGACUGGUUAGGGCUGGCUAUGACUGGAUAGGACUAGUUAGGGCUGGAUAGGACUGGUUAAGACUGAAUAGGACUGGUUAUGACUGGAUAGGACUAGUUAGGACUGGAUAGGACUAGUUAAGACUGGAUAGGGUUGGUUAGGACUGGAUAGGACUGGUUAAGACUGAAUAGGACUGGUUAGGACUGGAUAGGGUUGGUUAGGACUGGAUAGGACUGGUUAGGACUGGUUAUGUAUGUUCCACUGGUUUGUUAGAGACUUAAGGACGGGUUAGAACUAACUGGGACUGUCUAGAGUCUACACAGUUUUGGGCAAGUUAAGGACCAGUUAGAAC